GCUAUCUCCGGCAUUUCCAAGGUUCUUCCAAGGGUGCUAUGUAGUAACUAUGGUAUUGCGGUCAUUUCAUAUGGCGUACCAUCCGCUACUUCUGACGUUCCAUUUACAAUUCAGAAGGGGGACUUUGUCUCUUCAAUCUGAAGACACUAACCGACCACUUCCAUUCGUUUCUCGUUUACUUCUUCACGGUCAUGAUCACUGUCUGGACUCUGCGGAUCACCGCUACAGUUCUCCAUGGCUUAGCACAGAUAUUUACUUUCUUCCGACUAGCAUACCGAUCGCGGAAAGCCCGUCUAUGGUUAGAUGACGCGUGCGCGAGCAUAGCCAUGGUGUGCUCGCUGGCGUGGCUUGUCUGCUACUGGAUUCUCACAGACGUGCCAGGCGUGGGACCUAUUGGCCAAUCUGAAUUAUUCAGAAUAAGGUCCUAUUGGGUAGAUAGCGCUACGUUCUUGUCCAUUGUUUGGCUGAGCCGAAUGAGCUUAAUGUUUUCGUUUAUAAGGUCAUCACCACCUGGAUUUCUUUCUCGAAAGCUACCUUUCUUUGCGUCUGUACUAUUCCUUCUGAUGUGGGCAUCGUUGCUGGCGCAAAGGAUAUACCUUUGUGACCAAGAUGAAUCAUGGCAAGACCAACCACAACCCAAAUGCGAUAACCAAACUAUCAGAAUUACCGUGCUUGCUUUUGAAUUAUUCUCAAACCUAAUCAUAUUGGCUACGCCGGUAGUCACUUUGAUCGCAGGCACAGUCUACCAUGCACAGCACAGAGUGUUACUGAUACUUUUAUUUUGUGCCCUCAUCAUUACUGCGGUCAGUGUCGUCCAUGCGGUUUUCUGGAUCCACGAAUCCUAUGUGGUACUUUUGGAAGACCUGACCGCAAUUAUUGAAUCUGGAGCAUCUUUGAUAUUCAUAAACCUCGUCGUUGGGGUUAUGUUUCUCCACCAACGCAUGGACCGCAACGUGGAGUAUCCCGACGACCUUGAAUACCCCGACGGCUCCUCUACGUUCCGGAAGAAACGCAGUAGCCAGCUGAAACAGCAUAUCGGGCCCCCUCGUAGACUGAACGCCAUCCGCCUAAGUCUUCAAGGUACUGGACACGAGUCGUUCGCAACCUCCAUCCCCCAUAUCUAUCUUGACGACAACAACACACUUACAGGAUCAACUACUGACAUCAGCAAAAUCCACGGCGCCGAGAAAACCAUCGACUCCGGCGUCGAGCUAGAGCCCUACACCCCCGCGAUAUACGCUGAGGAAACGUCCAAGCUCUUUCGCCCCACGUCGUACCAGUCAUCGCUCUCCCGAUACUCCGACGAUUCUCCCACGACGGCUAAUUUCCGACAUAGCGCAGAUUCCAGGUUGUCAACGUGUCCAAUGCUGAGGAGCCCUGAUGUCAUGUCUCCACCUGCGAAGCUAGAUCAUCCACCCUCGCCACCGCCGACUGCUGCGCCACCCAACAAGUCAGUCAGGUUCCUCAGCCCAUUAUCACCUCGGUCGCCGGCCACGUCGAUGUACUCCUCUAUCUAUAAUCGAUCUCUUAUUGAUGAAGAUCCUUUCCAACGCCGGCAACCGGUCCCACCGUUGCCACACGUAGAGGGGGGCGAUGUGACCGUUCUACCUCCUGGGAAGGGGAAACCACUGACAGAAGCUGAAAAGCCGAUACCAUUCUAAUUGAAGCAGCAAGUAAUUUUUCUUUCAGGAAGGAUUUGGAUACUCUAUAUGGAGGAAGUUUGGACAACCUGUAUAUGUGAUGCGUGUACCUAAGAUGACGGGAAGAUGAGUACCCUAGGAGGCAAUAAGUAGAAAGUAUAGUAUCAUCAUUCAUACUGGAGUCCGCGAAUAAACCAUACAUAAAAACGUACAAGUUUCUGCAAGCAUAUAC